AUGGAGCAAUUGUAUUUUGAUGGAAUGGCUAUUUGUAGUCAUAUUGGUUUUCCUGACCUUUUUAUCACAUUUACAUGCAAUCCAAUGUGGCCCGAAGUCAAAAGACUGCUUCACCCAAUGAGGUUGCAGCCCCAUGAUCGUCCCGACAUUAUAUCAAGAGUUUUUAAAAUUAAGUUGGAUGAGUUGUUGUUUGAUUUGACUAAGAAGCAUGUCUUAGGGAGAGUGGUUGCAUAUAUAUACACCGUUGAGUUUCAAAAGAGGGGUUUACCACAUGCUCAUAUUUUGCUAUUCAUGCAUCCGCAAAGCAAGUAUCCCACUCCCGAGGACAUAAACAACAUCAUUUCAGCAGAGAUACCAUCAAAAGAAGAUGAUGUGGAAUUGUAUAAUCUGGUGAAGAGACAUAUGAUUCACGGUCCGUGUGGUUUAGCAAACAUGCUGUCACCUUGCAUGAAAGACGCAAAAUGCUCUAAAUUCUUUCCAAAAAAAUGGCAGCCUCAGACCGUAGUUGAUCAGGAUGGAUAUCCUGUGUACCGAAGGAGGGAUACUGGAAACACUGUUACGAUAAAAACGUUGUUCUUGAUAACAGAUCUGAUUACCGCUGCUGUCGUAGGAGACAACGACAAUCCUUUGACCGCUAAAAAUGGGGAUGAAAUCAAGCAGUAUCUUGAUUGUAGAUAUGUCUCACCAAGUGAAGCAUGUUGGAGAAUAUUUUAUUUUCCCAUUCAUGGAAGGUCUCCUGCAGUAGAAAGAUUAUAUUUUCAUCUUGAGGGCGAUAAUUCGGUAUAUUAUACAGAUUACGAACUGAUAGAUGAGGUUCUUGAAAAACCAAGUGUGAAGGAAUCAAUGUUUACCGCUUGGAUGGAAGCAAACAAAACAUAUCCAGAGGCCAGAAAUCUGACCUACUCAAAUUUCCUCACUAAGUUUGUUUAUGAUAAAAGAUAUCGACGAUGGAGACCGCGUAAGAGAGGGCACACCAUUGGAAGACUAAUCUGGGUUCCUCCAAGUACAGGUGAGCUGUAUUACCUGAGAAUGAUGCUGACUGUUGCAAAAGGGCCAACAUGUUACGAGGAUAUAAAAAAGGUCGGUGGAAUUGUUCGGGACAGUUUUAGGGAUGCAUGUUUUGAAAUGGGAUUUCUUAAUGAUGACAAGGAAUAUGUUGCAGCCAUUAACGAGGCCAAAGAUUGGGGUUCAGGACAUUUUUUGAGAAAGUUAUUCGUAACUAUGCUAUUGUCUGGUACAAUUAACAGACCGCGUCACGUUUGGCAAAAAACUUGGAAGACGCUGUCCGACGGUAUUCUGCACCAACAAAGACAGUUAACUAAUAUAAAAGAUAUGCAGUUAACAGAAGUUGAGUUGAAAAACUUGACCCUCAUUGAGAUUGAGAAUAUGUUGCAAUCCAAUCGAAGAAGUUUGCACGAAUUCAAAGACAUGCCUUAUCCGGAUGUUUAUGUCACACGGCACGUUGGAAACCGACUGAUUUACGAAGAACAUGAUUAUAAUACUGAAACUGAGCGAGAAAACUUCAACAAUCUCUUUCGAGCCCUUACAGAUGAACAACGCUCAAUCUUUGAAAAAAUCAUGGAAGCUGUCGGAAAACAAAGAGGAGGGGUCUUUUUUUUACACGGUUAUGGAGGGACCGGUAAAACUUUCAUGUGGAGGACACUAUCAAGUGCACUUCGUUCGAAGAAAAAAAUUGUGCUUGCUGUUGCAUCAAGCGGUAUAGCUUCGUUGUUAUUACCAGGUGGACGAACUGCUCAUUCCAAGUUCAAAAUUCCUGUGCCAACACUCGACAACUCCACUUGCAAUAUUGACAAAAACACUGAACAUUCUCAAUUAUUCGAGGCAACGGACGUGAUAAUAUGGGAUGAAGCACCUAUGGCUCAUAAAAAUUGUUUUGAGGCAUUGGAUAGAACACUUAAAGACGUCAUGACCAAGAAGGGAUUUGGGAAUAAAAUCUUUGGCGGAAAAGUUGUUGUUUUUGGAGGAGACUUCAGACAGAUUCUUCCAGUUGUUCCGAGAGCAGGGCGUUCUGAUAUUGUUCAUGCAUCCAUAUGCUCCUCUUAUAUCUGGGACUAUUGUCAGGUUCUAACACUGACAAAAAACACGAGACUUCAGCAGGGAAGCGAUAAUACAAGUUCUAAGGAAUUAGCGGAGUUCUCAAAAUGGAUUUUAAAUGUCGGUGAUGGUAAGAUAUCUGAACCAAAUGAUGGAUUGGUGGACAUAGAGAUUCCUCAAGAUUUAUUCAUUACCAAUUAUGAAGAUCCUAUCAAAGCUAUUGUUGAGAAUACAUAUCCCAAUUUGGUUAAUGUAUUCCAAGAUGUUGCAUAUCUACAAGGAAAAGCAAUUCUUGCCUCAACCAUUGAAGUUGUGGAUAAGAUCAAUCAUUAUGUAUUGGACCUUAUACCAGGUGAAGAGAAAGAGUAUCUUAGUUACGAUUCAAUCGAUAGAACUGACUCGAGUUAUACCGAAGCUUAUGAAGUGCUAACUCCAGAAUUUCUUAGCAAAUUAAGGACAUCAGGUUUACCAAAUCAUAGAAUCAAAUUGAAAGUUGGUACUCCCAUUAUGCUUAUGAGAAAUUUGGACCAGUCAGAUGGAUUGUGUAACGGAACAAGAUUGAUUGUCACAAGGUUGGCCAAUCAUGUCAUUGAGGCAAAAAUUAUUUCUGGCAAGAACAUAGGUAACCUUUUUUACAUUCCUCGAAUGUCUAUGUCACCUUCAGAGUCACCGUGGCCAUUUAAGUUAAUUAGGAGACAAUUUCCAAUUAUUGUCUCUUACGCAAUGACAAUUAAUAAGUCUCAAGGCCAGUCUCUUGAUAGUGUUGGUUUGUAUUUGCCUUCUCCCGUGUUUAGUCAUGGACAACUUUAUGUUGCAAUCUCAAGAGUUACUACAAAAAGUGGUCUUAAAAUCUUAAUACACGACAAAGAGAAUGUUCCGUGCUCCACUACCACAGAUGUUGUAUACAAGGAGGUUUUCCAAUCACUUUGUUAG